CAUUCAGAAAAAAGAAAAUAAAGCAACGCACGAGCCCGCUGGGCCAGGACCGUGGGGCUGGGCUGGAGUGAAGGUGGCUGCGAGAGAGAUGAGGGGUGCCCUGGGGUUCCCCGGGGAAGGGGAGUUAAAUCUUCCCGUCCUAUGUCCUGUCAACUCUAGCCCUCAUGCCGGGAUGGCAGAAGAUGAACCUGAUGCUAAGAGCCCGAAGACUGGGGGAAGGGCCCCCUCAGGUGGCGCCGAGGCGGGGGAACCCACCACCCUCCUUCAGAGGCUCCGAGGUACCAUUUCCAAGGCCGUGCAGAACAAAGUAGAGGGAAUCCUGCAAGAUGUACAGAAAUUCUCCGACAACGACAAGCUGUAUCUCUACCUUCAGCUCCCCUCAGGGCCCAGUACUGGAGACAAAAGCUCAGAGCCAAGUACACUCAGCAAUGAGGAGUACAUGUAUGCCUACAGGUGGAUCCGCAACCACCUAGAAGAGCAUACCGACACCUGUCUGCCAAAGCAAAGCGUUUAUGAUGCUUAUCGGAAGUACUGUGAGAGCCUUGCCUGUUGCCGCCCACUCAGCACAGCCAACUUUGGCAAAAUCAUCAGAGAGAUAUUCCCUGACAUCAAGGCCCGAAGGCUUGGUGGCCGGGGCCAGUCCAAAUAUUGCUACAGUGGCAUACGAAGAAAGACCUUGGUAUCGAUGCCACCCUUGCCGGGCCUUGACCUAAAGGGUUCUGAGAGUCCGGAAAUGGGCCCAGAAGUAACCCCAGCACCUCGGGACGAACUGGUCGAGGCAGCCUGUGCCCUGACCUGUGACUGGGCAGAGCGAAUCCUGAAACGGUCCUUCGGUUCCAUCGUCGAGGUCGCCCGCUUCCUGCUCCAGCAGCAUCUCAUCUCCGCCCGGUCCGCUCACGCCCACGUGCUCAAGGCCGUGGGGCUUGCUGAAGAGGAGGAACAUGCCCCUCGGGAACGGUCCUCGAAGCCCAAGAAUGGUGUCGAGACCCCGGAGGGCGGAGCCCAGAAGAAAGAGAGACCAGCCCAGCCGCCUCAGGAGCCGGAAGCCCGGGCGGGGGCUGGUCCCCCAGCACGCGGAGAGCGGAGGAAGAGUGCGGCGGAGAGCCCGGCCGCCGCGCCAGCCGCCAACCCGCAGGUUAACGCCCUGGUGGCCCGGCUGCCCCCGCUCCUGCCCCGGGCCCCUCGCGCACUCAUCGCGCCCAUCCGCGUCUCCCCGUCCAUCCUGGCCCCCAAGCCUUCGGGCGCUCUGAAAUUGGCCGCGUUGCCUCUGCCCUGCAGGGCGGGGGGCCCCCAGGCAGCCGUGCCCAUCAUUAAUAUGAUCUUACCAACCGUUCCCGCUUUGUCUGGACCUGGGCCUGGGCCUGGGCAGGCCCCGCUUGCGGGGCUGCAGGGCCCGGAGGGCAGGGAGCUAGGCGUGGGCGGCGGCCCGCGGCCCCAGGACAGGGGUGUCAAGAGGACAGCCGAAGUCCCUGGGAGCGAGGCCAACGGGCAGGACCCGGCAGCUAAAGCAGCGAAGCAGGAGGUAGAGGGUACAGGAAGCGACGCCAAAAGGAAACGGGGGCGCCCUCGAAAAAAAUCGGGUGGAAGCAGGGAAAGUAAUUCCACCCCUGACAAGGCAGCCGCUGCCGUGGACUCUGCCCAGGCCUCGAGGUUCCCGCGGGAGACAUGGGCCUCUGAGGCGGGAAGCGCCCCGGCUGGGGGGUCCCAGAGUUCAGGGCCAGGGGGAGAGGCAGAGAGGGGGACGGCACUUGCUCAAGGUCAGGAAGAUGGCGCUGUUUCUAGAGGAGGAAGGGGCCCCAGUUCCCGCUAUGCCAAAGGAGGAGAAGAUACGACUCUUCUUUCCCCACUGAAAGUGAGCGUCAUAAAGGGCAGUAGAAGCCACAAGGAGGCUGCUCUUUCGGUAGAGGGAGAGGUAGACUCGGCAGCACAGGGUAACAAAGACUCGAAGGGGCACGUGCCUCAAAGUUCCUCGUCCCAGGAGCGGAGAGACCCCAGAGCAACGCCCCCGUGAUCGGGACGUGGGG